CUCGUCCACCAUAUUUUUUAAACCAGGGAAUUUAUGUAAACUGCAGCUGAACUGAAAUAAGCAGGUUUAAAUUUUACAAGUAGCUGUUUGUUCAGCACCUUCAGUUUUUCUGCUUUCAUUUUUUUAUGCUUACAUGCUUAAGAAAUGCGAAUUAAGAGCGAAAUGUUCACAACACAAUAGACGACUCUGAAAGCCACAAGUUCACUUUAUUUUGAUGUUUCAAACGUCAUUACACCAGAGAUGCGCUUGACCUUAGUUUGCCUAAUGAAGCCUGUUCUUCAUGGAUACUUCAGAAGCUCCUGCUCGUGGAGGGUCCGGAUUGCUUUUGCUCUUAAGGGCAUUGAAUAUGACCAGGUUGCAGUCAAUCUAAUCAAAGAUGGAGGUCAGCAGCUUACAGAGCAAUACAAAACAUUGAACCCCAUGCAGCAAGUUCCUGCAGUGGAAAUUGAUGGCAUCACUCUGUCUCAGUCGCUUGCAGUGAUCCAGUAUAUUGACGAGACCAGACCAGGACCUCGUCUUCUUCCUGCAGACCCGAAAGCACGUGCCCAGGUCCGCAUGAUUAGUGACCUCAUCGCCUCUGGGAUACAGCCUCUUCAGAAUUUAUCUGUACUCCAGAAGAUCGGAGCUGAAAAGUUACUGUGGGCACAACACUUCAUCAAUCGUGGUUUUCAAGCUUUAGAACCAAUUCUGAAGCAAACUGCAGGGAAAUACUGUGUAGGCGAUGAGAUUUCCAUGGCAGAUAUUUGUUUAACCCCACAAGUCUACAAUGCAGAGAGGUUUAAAGUGGACGUAGGCCAGUAUCCAACCAUCAAAAGGCUGAAUGAGACCUUGGUUGAGAUUGAAGCUUUCAAACUGAGCCAUCCAUCUCGCCAACCAGACACGCCUGCUGAUCUUCAAGCAUGAAAUUAUGACAGUGGGGCAUUGUUAAAUAAAGUACUUUAAACAAAUGUUUUUAUUUAAUCAGCAUUAAACAAUGAAACUCUUAAACUAUUCCACAGCAUUGUGUAAAAAUGUUUUACCAACACACAAUAACACACAGAUUUGUAAUGUCCAAAACAUGCAAAUUAAAGAUUUGUUAUGCAAAGUGCAAAACUUCAGGUAUUAGUGCAUACAUCUCAUUACUGGUACACAAUUUGAGGUCACAUUAUGAAUGAUUUCAAACCAGAAUAAAGCAAAAUAAACCACUUUUCUUUCA